ACAGUGCUAAUGCUACCGAAACCGAGGACUUCAACUAAAAUAUACUUCGUUUCAGGUGUUACACGCUGUCAGCCUUUUUCUACAACAGACCUCGUUAGCUUACCGAGCUAAGCUGUCCUGUCAGCGGAGACAUACGAGUUUGGAAGACGCUUCGACAUCGAGAAACACUUCCUAAAAGUCGACUUCUACCAGGAAGAAAACACUUUCCACAGCUUUAUUGUCUGUGUCAUUAUUCAGAGAAACAUGCCGGAGCUGGAGACCUUGCUGGAGGAUGGCCUCAAAUCAGAGUUAAUGCUCCGGCAGCAUCUAAAAGCCCUGGGUGAGACUCUCAGGCAGCAGCUGCAUGAGAUGGAGAAGAGACAAAAAGAGGAGCUUGAGAGGAGGAUUAAUCAGAACUCUCUACUGUCAGCAAAUGUAGACCGAGAGUCUGGUGAUAGAAAUGAACUGAAACAUCAGCCUAAACAUGUUGGAUUGAGGAGACCCACCUCUACAUCUGCCCUGACCUCAGACAAAGAGACUUUGCAUCCCAGACAGUCAGAGAGGCCCAAGUCAGCAUGGCUAUCUUCAAACCAAAAGAAUUGUUCAGUCAUGGCUUCGCUUACAUCUUCCAGGACUCAACCAUGUGAGCGAUUAGGUUUUACUAAAACAACAGAGAUGAGCAAAGAGGAAGAGGCUGAGGCUGAGUGUGAGAAGAAGUUCUGUGCUCUUCCAGUCCCCAGCCAUGUCGUUCAGCCCCUUUAUCAGGAGAUGAUGGAGCUGAGAGAGAAGGAGAGGAAGCAGGGCCAUGAGCAGAGGAGGGACUUCUUGCUCUCCAUUCAAAGACCUUUCAGCUUCCAGGAGAGAGAGAGGGAGAAAAGGGAGAAGCUGAUAGCAAUGUUAAACCAAGUCUCACAUGAUCAGAAAAACAGGGCUGCUACUGUUCGGAAACAUCGUUACAAAGAGGCGAAAGACUCGUCAGAUUCUGAGGCAAAAGACCAGGAGCUUUGCAGACAGGUCCCCUCUUCUUCAACGGUGCAACAUGAGAAUCCCACUGUGUCAGGCAGCCCAAAACUUCGCACUGCUGAGCGUACCAGGAAAGAAAAGCUGGGCUUCCUGGAUGAGAGACCCAGUUUCAAGCCAAAAAUCAUCCAUCAGGUUCCUGAUUUCAGCAGGCUGCACAAAGCUUUGCAGACUGAGGCGCUGAGAAAAAUACAGAGUAAAGAUGUGAUCAAAUGUCAGCCCUUCUGUCUGAGGACAGCAGCUCUUCCUGCAAGACGAAGAAGGAUGAGCCCUGAAAACUCACAGGUACAAACAAUAAGUAAUCUCAGUAGAAGCAAGUCACUUGGGGCCUUAACAUCACUGUCUGCAGAUACAAUUCCCACAUACAUCACAGAUGCUGCGAGGAAGCGCUGCACGGCCAUCAGAAAGUCUAUAGAGAUGAGAGAUAGCAAGAAUCAAGAGACUGCUGACUGGUUGAGGAAGUAUCAAAUGAGGUCCCAGGCCAUGAAGAAGACAGUCACGCUCCAUGCGAGGUUGCUGGACCCACACAGCAGCUUGAAAGAAGUGUAUAAUGACAAAGUACAGCACCAUCGGGAGGCUGACCAACAAAGGAUGAGAGAGUACAUGAGAGAGUUACGGGGUAUGAAAGCACGAGUUAAUGAGCGCCCUUAUUUGUUUCAACAGGUGAAACAGAAAAAUGCGAAGGCUCAUGCAGAACAGAUAUACAAGAACAAGCUGAAGAAAGCCGGCUUGCAGGAGCAGUUUGUUGAAGAAAAUGGAGAAGCAGUUGGAGGUACAUCAACAGAGUCUGAGGAGGAUAAAGACGAGAACCGCAGCGCCGAAAAUGAGAUUCCCAGCAGGGAAGAAAAUGUAGACGACAGGGAGAAAAUUGAAGAUGUGGAAGGGAAGAGCGUGAAGUCCAAAGGGGAAGAAAUGCCAUGAUCAAAAAGGUUCAGGCGGCACAGAGUUUUUUAUGGCCUCUCCGCUAGAAAACAACGCUGUCCUCAAAAAUGAUUCAUGUCACAGCUAACUAUCCGCACAGAGCAUUUGAUAGUUUAAGAUGUGCAAUUACGAAUUAUGAAAUGACAAAACAUCUGGACUUUACAAUCACAAAUGUUAGGGAUUGCAAA